UCACAGAACGUCUGGCUCAAGUAACGGAUGUCAGAGACAAGCGUCGACUGGCUGCCAGUGAAGUGGGGGCAACAUAACCGGGAAGCACAUUCAGCUACUCCCGAAGCUGGUCUACGUCCUGAGGGCUGAGCGAGCUGUGUUAUGCGUGACAAACCCACUGAUGGUGAUACAGCGACAUCACGUACCCGGAUUUUGUGACAAUUGGUGAAAUGAAGAUAUGCGGCGCCACCCCUACAUCUCCGGAAAGAGUUCUAAGGUUUCUUCGAAGUGAAUCGAAGCUCCUGACUCGGCGAGAAAGUGAUACUGUGCCGCAAAAUGGCUGCAUGAGCGCGUGGAAAAGUGAAAGCAACGAAUGAACGUUGACCUCGGACCACAAACGGCGUUCGCGAAAUUGUGUUCAAGCGGGCCAAGUGAUCGCUCUCUUAGCUGCGCUCAGGAGACAAUCAAAACAUGCCGCGUUUUAUGCGGGCCACUCAGCGCACCCGACUGCUGCUUGUCCUCAUCGUUGCGUUCACCGUGCUCUUCAUAUGCGGGGUUGCCGAAGACAACGACCGACGCUCCGCGGUGCGGUCGACGUCGGCAACGCUCGUCGAGGGUGGUGGUGGUGGCGAGGCGAGCAGCGGCAACCACGCACUCUCCGUCGCAGCCGCUCCGGAGGAAUUGCAUCGGUCGCAGAGCGUCCGAGAAGUGGUGCACGGCGACUCUCGGUCUGCGUUGGUGCGCGGUGACUCGUCGGCUUCGGUAGCCGCUGUUGGUAUGGUGCAUCAGGAGAGUGUGGAACAGCGGCAGAGCGCCGCUGUCUGGCAGGGCCAGGCCGUCACCGUGGUCGGCCUACUGGGAUUGACCGUUUUCGCGGUCAUAGUAGCCGUCGUCGGACGGAAACUGUACCGAUCUCGCAGGGAGCGACGCAAUGGCGUGAGCGGCGGCCAGCAGGCGUCGCCGUCGUCGUCGACGACCCUGGCGCUGAACGGCGCGUCGCGGUCUCGCCUCUUCUCGCGCGACCGGCUCAACACGACCGACUACAUGCACACCCUGGCGACGCUCGACCGUCGGCUGGCCAUGGACGAGAUCCUGGAGAAGCGGCGACGCGCCGUCUUCCUGCAGCAGAUCCGCUGCCACGCCCCGGGAGACGAGGACGACGUCUUCCUCGAGGAGGGACUCUUCUGCCCCGAGCCCGCGGGAGGAGGGGCGCCGGGCAGCAGGCACGCGACGGCGCCGGCCAACGUGGACGACACCGCGUCCGCCAGUCGCAUGCAGCACGGCGCGACCGCCCUCCUCUAGGGGGCGCCGCGGCACAAAUUGCGCGCUCACGUUCCAUGUUGUCGUUUUGUCUCGAUUUUUUUUUCUUUCUUUCUAAGAAACCGAUGUCGACAUUUCGUGAGCAUACGCGCUGUACAGUGGAUGUGCAGUCAGUCGCAGCCACCCUUAACACGAACGAGGCUGUCAAAGCAAACAACAGGAACAAAGUUCUUGGAGCAGACGUCUGCCGAGCAGAUCAUGAGCCACGGCAACUGCCGUUCUUGUGUGUAGUGAAGACGGCGGCUGCACCGUGGGUAUUGAAGCACCGUUAUUCGCAGCACGGGAUGUAGGAGUGCCGCAGAAGAGGAGCGUUCGUGUCAAGGCUGAAGGCUGACUGUCGCAGUGGUCCAGAACACAACCUACGCUGAAUAGACCGACCGAGAGCGGGUCAGUCCGGGACGCCCGGCAGUCAUGUGUUGGUGAAUUUCGUUUCCGAUUUAUAUAUAUAAAAAAAAACCUAAACUUAGCACUCUCGCGUCCUCCUCGUCCCUCCAUAAUGGGGCCACAUUGCCGUUGCGGCUCCUGGUGGCUGUGUGACGGAUUAUGUGCAGCACGCUUGUCACCAGCUCACAGCGGCACUGCUUGCCAGGUGGCGUCGCGGUCGCCAGUGAUCACUGAAAAUGAUUGUACGCUAGACGUACCGUUUAGCUGUGGCUAUGUUACCUGCACUCCGUUGGUGGAAGUGCUCGCCGCCUUUUGACCAGCGUAGAAGUUGUGUUCUGGAUCGGCGUAGCAGACAUGCUCGAAAACCGCUGGAGAUCGGUCUCUUCGAUUGUGGCGGACAGUUGGUGGCGGGAGCAUCGCAAGCUCCCUGUUUGGGGAGCGUGCGCGGGGGAAUAGUCCUGAACCGUGUGAAGAGGCGCUCGUGUGACUUAUGUCGAGCGCUGAUGAAAGGAGCGUCCGAGACACAGGACUGUAGAGCUCGUGACAUGUGCUCCAUAAAGCGCUUGGUAUUAAGCGGCUAGCCACAGUGGGUGACAGCGUCGUGUGCCACACACCAACGCUCCAAACUGCGAUGACCGUAGGAAACUAUCAUUGCGGAGUCGAAGGGACCGGUCAGAAGCGCUGUAGCGUACAAGGCAGGAGGGGCAUUGGAAGACGCAUCGAGAGUACAGAGGUCAGCUGGGGACGGUCACAUGACCAACUGCGGCGAGUGGCGCUGUUUAGCACGCACGGGUGUUGUCGGGACAAGCCGUCAACGCCGUGUCGUCGAAUUCACCAGUCACGUGCCGUCGGUGUGCAAAGCGUCCCGAGCCGAUCGUCGUACUUAAAAUGCCUUAUCCUGUGGCCUGCUGCUCAGUUUCAUGUUUUGCACACAGACUUGUACAAACGUCAGAAUUGUACAAAACGUCGUGUAGAUACGUUGAAAGCAGCCGAAUCUCUGCGUAGUGCUGCAGUGUGGUUCUGCAGUACGUUUGUCUUGUAUUUUUUUUUUUUCAUUUACGUACACGCCCGUUGUGAAAUUGGCUCGCUGUCAUCGGUUCGAACACCGCCCUAACACCGCUGCAUCUCCGUGAACAUCGAAGAGUUUCCAAGUUCACCGUUGCUUUCGACCAAAUGACCUUGGUCACUGUCGUAGUUAACGUCGCGACCGCGUUAGAAGAAACAAAAUAUCGCCUUUGUAAAAAGCGGCAAUACUGACAAUGCAAAAAGUUCGUCCAUGCCCGGACCGACAGCUUUUAUGUUUUUCUCCCCUAUCUGAAAUGACCGACAAUGCGGGCAAAUCUUGGGUGAACACCGGCCGACAGGGUAGAGACGAUUCCUUGAUGUACGUAACCGGCGCGAGAACUCUAAAUUUGAUUGCUCGUGUUUUGCAUUGUUGGGUGCUUUGUAAAUUUUAUUUCUCGCAGCGUAGCCCUCGACAGCUCACCGUUCGGAACUGCUGUCUUGCCACGCACUUGUUGGUGCUUUCUAAAGAAAGCCAGGAAGGUUAUAAAGUAACCGGAGGGGGCGUGACCCGCUGUUUCACUCGUGAAGACGAAAGCUCGUGAAGUCAAAAAAAAAGAAGUACGAUAAAAUCCAAGCAACUGGUGCCACUGUGGAAAAGUUUCAUUGCGCCCGUACGAAAACUGAUAUCAGUGCCGACGUCAUCGUUUUACUGUCUUCUCGUGGUGAUUCGUGUUCAGUUCUGAGCCAACACCAACCCUGCUCCCUCCGUGCCUGCACCACACCUUCGCAGAUAAAAAAACGCGCCAUUCACGAGGAGUCACCCGACAGGUUGCGCCAUCUCGCGGAGAAAAGUUUCAAGUGACGCCGCCUUGUAGUCCUCGCCCGGUAUUGUGGCAGGUUGAGCAGCCAGCGCUGUUAAACGAGAUUCCCUGUAAUCGCAUUCUGCUCACUUAAACGUUUUAGGCGACAGCUGUUUAAAAACACCCGCGACACGUACCGGGACGUGUAGCCUGACGGCUGCAGCUGUUUGUCUGAUGCCGCGGACGGCCGUUGGCUAACCUGUAAGACGCAUCGGUCAGUACACGAGCCUGCCCACCGCUUGGUGCUUUUCUUUCGAGCAUGUGCCUCGACCAUUGACCCGUGCCCUAUAGUGUUGCAUCUGAGAACGCAUCCGAGUAGACGGGCACGACAUGCUGAUUACUAUCUACGCCGUCCGAACGUUUUGCAGAUCGGAGACGCAUUUCUGCGUGGAACGCUUUGUAGAAUUAGCCGUUUCGUCACGAUGCCUCAGCAGAGGCACGCGACCGGCUUCCCAUGGUCACACACACACACACACACUCACACACAUAAUGUAUCCCGGUUUGCAAUUGAAACCAUGUGCUCAUUCGGGCCUCGUGCCAAAACCGUCACGGCGGGGCAGGAACCUACAAACGCGACCUGCCUGCCUGUUUGGAGGGGGGUAAGAUACCGUUCUAAGUGCCUAAUUGUUGACAAGGUGCUUUUCUUUUGGCUUCAGGGAGAAGUGAAAAUAGGAUUGAGGCGUGUUCGUUUUCGAUGUUCACUCGGGAGGUCACCAUUUCUGACAUGGCUGUGAACUCCAAAUUGUGUCUCAAUUUUUUUCUUCUUCUUUUCCGUCUAAUAGUGAUGAGCGCAAACUUAGUUCGAAGCUUGGUAGGGGGUGUUUUUUUUAAUUAUUAAAUUGUACGCGCGAAUAAACGUGCUUAGACGUAAACACCCCUGGUUCUGUGGAAACCUUAGACCGCUGUUUAGGGCUGGUCACGAGUUGUAUGCUAGUGCACCCGUCACUAUGCACUCGUUGAAGACUGUGCAGACCCUCUCUUCUGUAAUAACGCGUUCACGUGCGGACCCUAAAGAAAUGCUUGCAACGUACUCUGUUCGCGAUUCCCAUGCACCAUAAAGAAGUGUUCACAUUUGACCCAGCGGACGAUUUUUCUUUUUUUGACGGCAGCUACAGAGAAUUCUGUCUUAUCCACUGUUUAUUGUUAUAUUAUUUUUUUUUCACGGAACUGUACUUGACCACCCCCAUAGUUUCUGCAGUUUAUCAAGUUUGUAAAUCGGCACGUUGAGUGCACCUGUACAUUUUUCUUGCUAUAUGUGGCAAGGCACACUUUUUCCACGCAUGAAAGAGAAGAAAGGAAGUGUAACGAAAGUGUCUACUUAUUACUUGUCAACGCAAAUUCGGAAAUGUGUUUGCGUGUCUCGUUUAUGAGCGUGGCGCUUCUGGGGCACAUGCUUGGCAAAUUUUGUUUCUGUAUUGUAUUCAUUGACUCGGAGACACCGCUUGGACGGCAAUACUGGAACUGUUAUAACUUAAUUAAAUCGUCGUUGACGCUGUCAUGACUGAAACAAAAGAAAAUGUGGAAGACAUUGACGAAUGCUGUGUUUGGGGAACUCUCGCUUCGCUCGGCAUUUGUCUACAAUCUGCCAAUCAGAUGAAUCUAUUUUUGGUAAAUAAAAACGAGAAAAGAAAAUACCAGAAAA